AUGAGUCGGAUCACACCCGGAUGUUACUACCACGCCGUUUCGGAACUGGCCAAAAACCUCAUUUCAACCCAUGACUUCUUCUCAAGGUGUCUAAGUCAUUUUACUCCUACUAAUGCUCGCGCCCAACAUCCAGAAGAUGCAAAUCCUCGCCAACAGCUGGGCGCCCUGUUCUGGCAGGACGGCUUUGGACCCGUAGCUGCCGCGAUUAAGUUAUGCGAGCCCGACAGCUUGACGGGAUCACUUGAUGCUGAAGGAUUGGUGCCUCUAUUCGUAGCAUGCACGGUCGCUUCCCAGACCAUCGAGUCCAUCCGAAUGUUAGACAGUCAGAAUGUCUUGGCAUCGCCCCUUUUCCGCCAAGCCCUUAUGGUUACCUCUUUGGAGAGCGGUAACAAUACACUCGCCCGAGAUAUUAUUGAUCUUGAGCCAACGGCCCCACCACCACCUGAAACAUGCGUAUUCAAGAUGCGGAUUUCGCCCCUCGUUGACAAAGAAAGCAUACCAGCUGGUGUGUGGGCCGCUCUGGUAGUGAAAGGAUGGGCACCGCCAUCGGAUAAAUUAGUUACUUGGGCAGGAAUUAGCACCAACGGGCCAGAUGGUGUUGCCCUACUAAGAGCUAUUGUUGCAACUGGCUACGAUAUGCACGCCAACCCUAUGAAUAAGCAGGUCUUCCCGCAGAUGGCGCUCACUAGCGGCGAGCCUGAAGUUACAGAAUAUUUCUUCGAUCUUUACUCCGUUACCCCGACCAAUGACAUGCUCAUCCAGGCUAUCGAGAUACGGCCUGAAGGUGGUAUAGGGAAUUUGAAGUGGUUGCUAGACAAGCAUCACAUGAAUGUAAAUUACGUGCGCCAGGGGCCUGGUCCUUUCAAUAGACCUCCUCCAACUAAUCCAAGAGAGAGAGCUGAAUGGGACUACGCAACGAUGUUACAUGGAGAACGGCAGGAUCCAAAGACUGCCUUGCAAGCUGCUAUACUUAUUGGGAAUACUGAGGCAAAAGAGUUCUUGCUGGGAAGAGGCGCCUUAGAAGACGCAGGAGGCAACCCGUGAUGGUGUACUCGAUGAUAGCUUGCUUUCACAAGAUACUGUCUUCUUCUGGAUCUUUUCAAUAUAAACUUUACGGCUUCUGAUAUAUGGUCC